UUAUAUUGCGAAGUACCUUCUUAAAAGCUUUUCGUCAUUGGGAUAUUGUGUUUUUCUUUACUUCUGAGUCCGAGUAAGUUGCUUCGGGCCGUGUAGUGCAUUACAACUUUAAGAGUGGGAUGCUCCUCCUCGAGCAGUGAUAAGAAUGAGGAAACAGCAGCAGUGACCGCGAAUGUAAAAGCACAGCUCGAAGCUCACGCAUCUGUGGACACUUCAGCCUGUGUCCGACUGCAUCUGUGUCACACCGGUGGGCCGAUGGCAGGUUCCUCAUUGUCCACCAACUCCACGACGAGAGGUGGAAAUGGGCACUCAGGUGAUGGGCACCCAGAGAAUAUUGCCUUCAUUCUGGUGCCCUUCUUCUUCCUAAUGGGGCUUCUGGGAGUUCUCAUCUGCCACAUCCUGAAGAGAAAAGGCUACCGAUGUACAACUGAAGCGGAGGAAGAAGAGCAGCUAGAGAAAGAGAGGAGGGAUGAAGAACUUGAAAAAGGAGAUCUGAACGACACCUUCAGUGAAGGAAACGCAGACACAGUGGGCCAGAUUGUUCACUACAUCAUGAAAAAUGAAGCCAACUCAGAUGCACUCAAAGCCAUGGUUCAGGACAGUAUAGACUCUGAAGGUGGGCCUGUGACACCCACCACUCCAAACACACCCACCAGCCCAGAGAGCCCUGCAGCACCAGGGUUGCCACCCACUGCAGCCAAACACACCUGUAAUCACCUGCACACCAUCGGAGGAAUAAGCGGACAUAAAAACAUCUGCCACCGCUGCAACCAGAAAAAAUGGCCUCUGUUGAGACGCUCAUCCAGCAAGAAACUGGACAGACGCAGUCAUGUAGGAGAGGUCACAGUGCUUUCUGUGGGCAGAUUCAGGGUUACAAAGUGCGACCCCAAAACUGCACGGGAAAGGCGGACGUUGCUGAUCACUGAGCCCAAUGGUAGUGUUUCCCCUUCACCUGCCAGUACACACCCCCCUGAACACACCCCAGUCUUACAGCUACCGAAAAUUGACGUCAUAGAGGAGCAUGAAAACUGAAAGAUGGCAGCGAACCCUUCUUUCAUUUAAAGUGUCAAUCAUGGAAAGACCGCAGAAGCCAUUUUACAUACAUUAACCUGUCACCAUGCCAACGCUCCUUUCUCAAACAUCCUGUUGUCAUUAUCAGAGGUGGAUGGCACAAUUUGAGCUUGUUAAUGCCUUGGAGCGUGUCAAUGGUUAAUCCAAGCAGGCGCCGUGGUCUGAAAACAACGCCAUGUUCCUCUCUGCAUUACUUCCGGGAAGUGGGAAGCUAUGUUUAAAAGGUUUCUUUUUUUAAUUGCAAGCUGUGAAAAACAUGGAAAAACCAUGAAAUUUCUCACUGGUUACAAUCUAGAUCAAACUUCUUUUAACCUGUCAUCGUCUUAAAUGUGUUGGGUUACAUCUUGUCACUAAUAAACAUUUUCACUUUUUUGGUAAAUCUAUGCAUGUUUAAUAGAUUAAUUUAUAAACCUAAACACCUUAAUUGAGCAGGAAUUAGCUGGUUGAUGUCUAGGUCAGAGCACUGUGAUGGUUACACUAGUCUAUUAAACACUCAUUGGUGUAAAAAUGUUAAACUUAGUUUCAUGAUUGGAUAUAGCUUGCAUGUUUAAAACGGCACCGCAUUCAGAUGCUUCCCCAUGUCUGUAGCACAUAUAAUAAUAUAACGUCAGCCGUAAACAAGAUAACUGUAUCCUUCACUAUAUUCUUAUAAUCUAUGGAGAGGAAAAUUGUGUAUGGUACCUCAAAGUGUCCUUGCUUUAAUGCCACUUUUAGGCAAUAAGGACAAAAAGGACUUUUAAUAGUUCUUAAUAGUAAAAAAAAAAAAGAGUGUUUUAACCAAAGCAAAUUUUCAAUAAAUAUAAAGAUGACUUUUUAAAUAUGUUUUGCUUUUUAAUUUUCUAUUCUGUAAUAUAUAUUGUUGUUGUUAUUAUUGAGUAUGUUUUGCCUUGUUUCUGUUUACUCAAUGAGGUUUUCUAGCUCAUUUCUUGAGCUUGGUGAAGUGCUGGAAUGAUUAGUCUGAUUUGAGAUGCCCUCAGCCCUCCUGUUCAAAUAUUAAAUUAUUAAAAAGGAAGCCUUAACCUUGUUAACAUGUAGAGAAAUAUUCACUUCAAGGAUGUUUACUUCUGAAAUUGCCAAGAAAUAAAGAAAUGUUGAAAAUGUGUAAACAGAAGAAUUGAAAGAAAUGUAACGAGUGAGAAUGUGCUGUUAUAUUUUACUGAAUAUUUUGUACCAAGAAUUUAUACAUUAAAAAGAUUAAACACAAACUGGA